UUCGGGUUCGACUGACUGAAAAUUUUUUAGAGGGUUAGUUGAUACUCGAUAGUCACUUUUGAUAAAAUUGAUAACAAUCAGGUGUUAUAAUGUUGUUGAUUAGGACUUCAAGCUACUGUUUUAGUUACAAAUAGUAUAUUAGCAAAUUGUAUUGAUAUAAUUAUUGAGCAAUAAUUAUCUUACCUUAAUAAUUAUAUAUACCUUAUCUUUUAUGUAUUACAUUCCUCUGCCUAGUGCCAAUAAAAUAGUGAUUAGGUUUUAUGUAGCCUAUAAACAACUGCAUGAGGGAAAAUCUGAAUUAUAUAGUCAUGGUGGAACCAAAUGAAGAAUCAUUGAGCAGCCUUUGCCGGAACUUGGCCUUUAGCACAAUCUGGUGGACUGUAUUGUACUUUGCUCUUGUAAAGACUAAGAUAUGGGGACAGCAGUCUGCCGAGUUCUACUGUCGUAUUGUCACUGUCGUCCAUGCUGUGACCGUAGUCACACUAUCGGUGGGUUGUUACUGGCAGGGACCUGACCCCUACAAAUCUCCAGGUGAGAGGAAUACCCUACUGCAAGACAUAACACUGGAAAUCAGUUUGGGGUACUUUCUGUAUGACCUGGGCUGGAGCUUGUAUCAUCAGACAGAACCAGCCAUCAUGAUCCUCCAUCAUGUUGUCAGCGUAAUAUCCAUUGGGACGGUGCUUUUUACUCGGACUUCGGGUGGUGAGGCAGUAGCAGGGAUAUUGAGCCUGGAGAUGACCAACCCUCUGCUGCAGAUGCGCUGGUUCCUGCGUACUGCAGGCUACAACAACACUCUGGCACAUACCAUCGUGGAGCUCCUAUUCGUGGCCAUGUUCUUGGUUAUGCGGCUUGGACUGGGGUCGGCUAUAACGUAUUGUGUCGUCACCAGCCCUAAGCCACGGCGCGAUGUCAAAUUUUGCACUCUCUCUCUCUACCUGAUAUCUCUCGCUUUCAUUUUCUACAUAUUCCAGUUCAUUAGAAGAAAAUACAUCGGUAAGAAGAGCAACGACUGACCUGCUUAUCGAAGUGUAUAUCCAACGAGUAUAUCUUAUGUAUAUAGAAAAGCUGUAUGUGAUAGUCCAACUUAUGUGAUGUCAUUAGUGAGGUCCAACGCUGCGAUACCGAGUAUUUUAAGAGUUAAGUUUGCUUGCUUCCAAAUGUACUUAAUUAUUCCAAAGAAGUAGAAUCAGAAGUGUUAAACACAUUUGUUAGAGACUGCUUUAAUGUUAAGUGCUUCCUCGUUUGGCCUAAGGUUUAAUUUGAAUGUUUCCAAAAAUCGUACAAAACGAAAACUUGGUAAUUCCUCAUUACAAAGCAAUCUUUUAUAAUCAUAAACUAUCUAUUUAUGAUUAACUAUCUAUUUAUGAUGAUAGUUUAUGAUAAACUAUCUAUAUAAUUUUUAGACGUUUUUCUAACUUAGACAAAACUUAAAAAAAUUCUUAUUGUGAACUUGAAUUUUCAACUGUUAUUGAUAUAAGUUUUCAUACAACUACAGUUUAAGGAUAUAGAGAAAGCAUGACGAAGUUGUUUUUUUUUUUGUUACCUCUAGCAGAUUGGAGGUUCUGUAUAGGAAAUAUACGCACACAUUCAAUAAUAACCAAAGUUUUUAUUGUAAAGUUUUGCAUAUAAUUUAUGAAGUCCGGUUAGAGAAAUAAAUUUCCCACAUAUGUUUUACAUGUUGUAGCUAAAUAGUCUGAAAUAGAAACAUAAAACAUUUAGACUACUUAAAACAUAAGUAAAAGCAGAUGCAAAUACAAUUAUUUAGAUCCAUAUAUAUAUAUAUAUAUAUAUAUAUAUAUAUAUAUAUAUAUAUAUAUAUAUAUAUAUAUAUAUAUAUAUAUAUAUAUAUAUAUAAGGGGCAGGAAUUAGGUGUAAUACAUAAGUUGGUCUAAUAUAUCUAAAUUGCACCAUCACAUGUCAUAAAGGAAAAUAUUGGAAUUAUAAGUAUUCUGGUAGGGUUGUUGUUUAAAACGUAAAUGUUUUGAAGUGUCCAUGUACUCACUACAGUAUUAGUAUAAUUCAGCUGACCAUACUAUUAAUUUAUAAUUGUAUUAAUGUUGUGCAGUAUUAUCAACUAACACUAGUUUAUUUUAUUGUACAAAAAGCAAUGUAUUGGUGUAUACUUAAUUUACAGUAUUAUUUAUAGUUUAUGUAAUUAUUAUUGUAAUUUUCACCGUUUUACAUUCUUCAUUGAUGAUGAACAGGAGAAACUAUGAAAAUAAUAAUCUUUACUUUGAUGUGCAGUCAUAGUCAAAUUGAUAGAAACCUUAAUAGGUUCCUAAAAAGGUUUUUCAUAACUAUAAAAUAUACAAAGGGUAAGGCUUCCUGUAUUUAUUAAUCCAAAAAAUGGUUCAAAUUGGUAAUAAUGUAUUGGUGUCGCAACAACACCAGUGUUUGUUAUUAUUGCAAUAGUAAUUUAAUAUUUGAAAAUUUGUAUUUAUUUACUAGUGAUAUUAAAUUAAACAUUUUCCAAUGCUCCAAGAUUCUUCAUAUAAUAUCUAGUUUAACCCUUUAAGUGCAGUGUUUUCAACAAUGCUGUCAACUGAUACUGCCGGGUAUAUUUGCCGUGCAUAGAGUCAGCAUACAUGUAGUGUGUUUCUCAUCCACCAUGAACAACUUCAGUCACAUCUUCAUUUACUAAACUGCCACCAGAAUUUCCUGAUUCAUUACGUCAGGUUGUGAUAAAUAAAUUGAGUUCAUCUCCCGAUCACCAUCAUUCUCAGAAAAGUUAUAUACUGCUGAAUGCCUAACUCACAACAACGCAUCUGAACAAGUCUAAAAUUGAUAAAACGUCUUUAUCAUUAUUACAAAUAACUCCUGCCAUACCAACUGAACCACAAUCGAAAUAGAAAGUAAAAAACUUACAGUAGCAACUUCAAAUGCGCAAUUAAAAACCUAGGGACAACGUUUUGUUUCUAACGUGUAGGUAAGACUUCGCCAUGUGCUUUCUUGAUAGUUCUUUAGUUGACCGUCAGAGUGUAGUAGCAAUUAAACACCACUACUGUGGAUUUUUAGUAGUUCAAAUAAUCUUAUAGCUGUCUGGUAUCGUGUAGCGAAGCAGCUGUUUGGAACGUGUUAACCGGCAGUCAAGGGGUUAAAAACAUAAUGAGGCUAUCUAAUAUUAAUUCUAUCUUGCAGUCUUAGCUCUGUAUUGCCAACUGAAGAAUGUUUCUGUUUUGCUUUACUUUUCAUGAGAAUUUCUAAUCGCAUAUUGAAUGAUGUAAACUGUCCAACGCUUAUUAACUCUGCCCAAGCUUUCCAGCUUAGUUGUAAUGUGCUCUGACAAAUAUUGUGUGCGGAACAUAAGUGAUUAGCGGAUAGCAAUAGACCGAAUGAAUGAUAGGAAAUUGUGUUGGAGUAAUGAUUGCGUAAUGUUGUUAGAGUCAAUACAGUUAUAUGCUCUAUUAUAGUGAUAAAUGUGUGUCUGUCGUUUCUGUCACUUUCAGCUGUUACAUCACUUAAACAUUUUUGUUUCUGUUUGCAAGUUCAUCUCAAAGCUAUACAUCUUAAGAGCUUAUGUAUUUGUGUCAGUUGUACAUUAAUAAGAUGAACAGGGGUUAUUAAGUAAAAAUAUUCACUGUGUUAAGACACCAUGUCACUAACAGUUAUUGUUUGUUUAUGAGAAAAACAAAUGCACUAUUCUACACUUACACAUCUGUUGUACGAUUAUGUUCUGUAUAAAUAGGUGUUUGUACAAUAGUAACAAGGUUUUGUUUGUAAAUUUAACCUCAGUUAUAAUUCCAGUAUUUUGUCCAGUUUUAGUAACUAUGCAAUUUUGUUUUUAUGGUACCAGUAUUAUACUUUAUAACUAAAGAUGUUUACAUUCUCAAAGGGUUUUUAUUGAUAUCUCGAUAAGCUGAUUUUCAGGUGUUCAAAAACACAUCUAAGAGGUGUGCAAUAAUAUGUACCAUUGUCAAACAGUUCAUUAUUUAUAGUGUAUAAAACGCACAGUAUCAAUACAGUAUUUUUAAUUUUAUUAAUAAUUUGGGUACUACUAAUUAUUCAAUAUGUGAUGUUAUAAAAUAGCUAUAGGAUUUAGUGUUAAUAUGACGAUAAAAUCACCAACACAUAUGUAAACAUUGUCACUGAAAGUAAUAGUUACGUUUACCAGUUGUAAUUAAUUCAUCCUCACUUCGCAAUUAACUAAAGUGUGUCAUUUUGCUUCUACCAUUUAAUUGUGGUAUGGCACAGCUGUAUGAACACAAUUUACGUAUUACCUUUUUUGAGAAAAAUAUUUUUACACAGCUUUUUCACAGAAAGUAACAUAUUGCGGUAUUAUAAUGUAUCAUCACUUUAUAUCAAGGUUUUUAAUUAAUACUAAUGAUUAAUUCCGAGUAUUUAACACAUUCCAUAGUUUUAAUUUUUGUACUUAUAUAUUAUUUUGUAAAAAAUAUACUAUACUUAAUUUUAAUUUUAAACAGCCUAAUAUUAUUACAGCAAAUAUUUGUUAAGCAUGAAAAUGCAAAUCAUAAAUCUAAUUAUAAACUAGAAAUUUUAUGUGCUUCAAAAUUAUUAAAUUUAUAGUAAAAUAUGGUACAGUUAACUUAAUAAUUCAGUGUACUUAAUAACAUUAAUUAUUAAAUUUGUACUCUGUCCAUUAAUAAUUAACUGUGCAAUCCAGAGUAUUUUGUAAAAAGAAAUUAAGUAUGUCCAGUUCUUUAUUUUUAUAAGUAUUUACCUGAUAAAACAUAGCAAAAUCUGUGUCAAUUUUAUGAAUAUUUAGGUUACACAUUGAUAUGUGAUCACGGUUUGUUCUAUCUCUAAUUGUUAUGGAAAGUUGCAAGUAUAAUAAUUAUAACUCUAUUGCUUCAAAAAAAUGUUCAACAAUUUUCUUGCAGUUGUCAAUGGUAGGCAUAAAUUAUUUAAAUUAGAAAAAUUGUAUUCCAUUUAUUACUAUAAUUAUCCAUAUGAUUUCUCCUAUAUUCAUGGUUAAAUUUCCCAACGGUUUACCAUAUGGUCACAAACAGAGUUGAAAACAUUUAGCAUCAGAUAGAAUUUCAUUUGAGCCUUUAAUUGUUACGGAUUAUUAGUUGAUUGAGUGCCUCUGGAAAUAAUAUGGCACCAAUCUGUUCUGGUAUAUCUUCAGAAGCUGUCAACUGUUGUUUUGAAUAAAGUAGUGUUCCUACUUCUUGUCUUAUAUUACCAUCCUGAAUUAUAUUCUUCUUAAUGGUAAUAUACAGUUACCUCCAUAACAUAGUGACUGGACAUCUCAUAAAUCAGAGCUUCCAGAUAAACCCGUACAUGUCUCUAAAAUUCUCUUUGGCAAUGAUUCUGACUAAUUUUGUUCUAUUCUGAAUAAUUGUUACAUAUAGCAUGUUACACAGUAUCAUCAGAGUAUUAGCUCGUAAAACAUAAAUAUACAGACAAAGUUAUAGUAAAACUUUUUCUAGACUUCAAGGAGACAAGUCUUCACUAGGUUACGUAGGUCUUGUUCAGAUUCAGGUUACAUAUUCAUGGAGAAGAGAACAAUAUAACAAAUAUGUUUUUUUGUUAUACGAGAAUUGUAAUAGUGUUGUAAAUUAUUCUUCACCUCUUCUUUACUCAAGAAGAAAUAUUUCUCCUUGUAGAAAGGUCCGUCUUCCGGCCAUUUUUCUUUUUUUACUUAAGCGCUGUUCAUUUUCUUUAUGGAGGUUGUCAGGCAUAUUUUUAUAAACCAAAGCUCCUUUAUAACUUGGCUUUGUUUCAUAAAAACAAAUGAUAAGUUGGCAGCACAAAAUUAUUUCCUGUGCCUGUCUUGGUUAGUCCUAACUACAUGCAGCACGACUUCUCUUAUGUAUAGUGCCACUACAGUUUUAAAUUUUAAAAGGUUCUCAAUAACUGACUUAAUAGUUUAGUUCUGAAAGGCAUCUAAUCACUCUUUUCUGUUAGAUAAGAACUCUGUCCAGGUUUGAACUGACUGUUUUACUCCAUAUUGCAAACUCAUAUCCUCUAAAUACACAAUUUUUGCUGUUGUAUUCCCAAUUUGCUUGUUUGGUUCGUCUGAUGACGUAAAUUCCUGAGCUGAGAUUUUUACAAAGCUGGUCAAUAUGAGGUUCUUGUCUACCACAACUCUAAGGUACUUAAUGUUUUCUUCUUUCUUCAGAUCAGGUAGUCCACUGUUAAUUUCCUUUUUUGCAGAUGUUAUAAACUAUCUGCAGUUAUCCUUUCUUUAAACACUACGUCAUUCAAGUAGCAGUAUUGUUUAGCCGUAUUGAAGGUAAAAUAUGCUUUAAUGUCAAUCUGCUCAUUUUAUAUUUCUGCUCCUGUAAUGACAGUGUCAUCUGCAAACAUGACAGUAUGACAGAUAUCUAUGAGUGGGUUUGAUAGGUAAUUUGUUAGCAGGAGAAAUAAAACAGCGCCCAUCACUGAUACUUGGGGCACACCUAAGGUAUCAUCAUAGUGUUAUUAAAGAGACAUUUAACUUCCACCAUCUGUUGUCUAUUAUUUAGACAGCUGUUAAACCAGGUUAAUGUUGUUCCAGUAAUUCCUAGAGUUUUUAACUUACCAAGUAGGCAGUCAUGAUUAAAGGAAUUGAAAGACUUACUAAAAUCUAGUUACCAAACAGCCUUCUUCCAGCUUGUUUUUAUAUUUUCAAUUAGUUGUAUAAGAGCUGUAGCUGUUGACCUGCCUUUCAUUAACUUUGUCUUGUUGGCUUUUAGUUAAUAGGGUUUUUUUGUUCAAAGUGUAGUAGCAAUCUAUUUAAGGCUCUUUUUUAUAUAUUUUUUUGAAAUUAAAUAAGAGAAAUUGGACAUUAGCUGCUUGUUUCUGUAGUAGGCCCAUACAAACUUUGGGUAGAUUUAGCAGUUUUUAGUUUUGCUGGGAAAUACCUUGUUGAAAUGAUUUGCUACUUAUAAAUGUUAAUGGUAUGACUAUAUCUUCUUUGCAGCUCUUUGCUAGUUUGUCUAAAAUUUCAUCAUUGUUACCUUUAUUUUAACAAUUUCUACCAGUGUCAUCAAAUUCUUUUAUAACAAACAGCCUUGUUGCCUUUACCAUACAUAAAGAGAAUUUUGUCUUAAUCUCGGAUUUCCAUUUAUGACUCAUUCUAUGAUAAACCUUAGAAACAUUACAGUCAUGAACUGUACAGUUUAUACUUUGUGUAAGAAUCAGUUGUAGAAGCUUUGUUUAUGAGUUUGAAGCAGCCACCAUGUAUAUAUAUAUAUAUAUAUAUAUAUAUAUAUAUAUAUAUAUAUAUAUAUAUUUGAAGUGAAUAGGAGAAAGUCAGGAUUUGUGGUGAUAUUUUUAGUCUAAGCUCUGUGUACUGGUACUGUUUUUUAUUUUAUUUUUUUAUAUAUUUUUUUUAAUAACACAUCACAGGAGAUUUUAUUAUAUUAAUAUAGCUCUCGCAUCUAGAAAAAUAAGUUUUCUUAUUUUAUUAAUAAGUAAAGUUACUUUAUAUUUUAAGAUUUAUUUGGUUUGAAUUAUUUUUCUUAUUUAUACAGGUACUAUUAAUCUACAUUCCAUUUAUUCGUUUAUCUGCAUUUGUAAAAAACAAUAUUCAACCAGACAUUAAUAAAAAUUGCCAUGUGCUGUAUACAAUGAUAGAUUGUUAUUUUACAAUUAUGUAUUGUUUUUAAAUCAAUGUUUCAAAGAUGAGAAAUCAAAAAGUUUUAUUUUGUAUUGUUGUACAUGUAGUAUAGUAUGUAUUUGAGGUGGAUAUAACAAAAUUGUAUGUACUAAAUAUAAAUAACAAAUUGUAUUUCAGUUGGUUACUACUUUGAAGUUAAAUAAAUAUUUAAGAUAUUUUCUCUUAGUUUGAUUAAUAUAUUAACUAAUUAGUUUCAAUUGAUUUCAAUCAAGUACUUAAAUUAAUUUAUAGUUCCUUAAUUUUGUAAAAAUAUUUAUGUUUCUUACUAUAACUUGAGCUACAUUUCUUUGAUUACCAAUAUGGCUCUGUCACUAUUAACCCAUAGAAAAUGUUUGCUAGCCAGCAAAGAUACUAACCACACCUAUCAUUCCCAUGUCAUUACAUUUUACAAAAUUUCAAAAAAUUUUUUAUCAUAAAUAAAAUUAAUGAAUAUGUUUUUUAUAAAAAUUAAUUUGAAACCGGUGCCAUAAUAUAUUUGUUUUAAUUAAAAUCAGGAUUAUUAUUAACAACUAAUAUGCAAAGAAUACUCGUAUUUCUCAUAUGAAAGUUUGUAAAAAUAAAUAUUUUGACUUUCUGGUUAAACUAGUGUAAAUUUUUUUGAAACUUAAUUUUGGUUUUUUACUGUGAUACGUUUAGGUAGCAUAACACAACAUUUGUAUGGAAAGGAAACUAAACUUCUAAUUUAAAAUAUUGAAACAAGUAAAAUAUAACACAAAUUCAUAGUCCAGAUUUUGUUUAUACCAAAGAAUUCCCAAAUGAGUUCCUCUGGUGUGUCCUCACACCCUACAGCCAGUCAUUCAAGUGUGAAGCCAGCUUGGGUUAUAGUAUGAAGAUUACUUCAAAGUUUUAUUGGUGACUAUUGAAUGCUUAUUCAAAAUCAGUUUCAUCAAAGAACAAAAGUUUGCAAUGGAGUCUUUCGACAGAAGAUCAAGAUGGAAAUAGAUUUUAAGAAACUAAAUAUUGAGACUUGAAACCAUUUUUUUAGUGUAAAAAGUUAACAAAUAAAACAAUGUAGAAAUACUCCAAAGUCAAAUAAGUCUAGAAAUUUGACUUCAUUGCCAUAUUCUUGAUUUAAAAUUAAAAAUUAAAUUGAUAUUUCUUGUCUGUUGUCAUCAAUCGGUAAGGACAGAGGGGAAAUUGUUUGAUGAUGAUCUUUACAUUGUAAUAUUUAAUACCAUAAGCUACCCUGAUUAGAGAGAUCUGCAGCCAUUUUGAAAUCUAAAGCUCAGGAAAAUGUUGUUUGUAAUAUUUUCCAGCAAACUCAUUUUUGGAUAAUAAUUGAGAACCCUUAACCAAGAGUCGUUUUAAAAAAGAGAUAAAAUUUUGUUUUUAGAUACUAACAAACUUACAAAUUGUUGCAUUGUCUGCAAUCGAAUAAUAUGUGUUCAUUUUUUAUAUUCAAUGUUUAUGUUACUUUUACUAGCAAGAACUAAUUUAUUAUUGUUUCUCCAGUUACCAUUCAUCUAUCUUAUGGACAAAUAAUAUUUUGGUAUCCCCUCAAAACGGGAUUGGUGCUCUCAAAAAUAACUGCUUGUCUGUUAAUUUAAGUCUGACUCACCUAGUCACCUACUUGUUGUUACCCUAUCUUAGUGCACUUUGUUGUGUAGUUGAGAGAGAAAUAAAUGUGUUGAGAUGA